UAAACUGCCACAAUGGCUCAAAAAUUUUGUGCCACCAUUCUUUUACGUGACAGAAAAGGCCUGGAACUUCUACCCAUACACCAUCACAGAGUACUCCAUAUCGUUCUUACCACGGUUCAGCAUUCGCAUUGAGACGAGGUUCGAAAACAACAAUGGCAGUAACAACAACGUAUUUGGGGACACGCCAACUCCAGCUGAAGAUGUCAGUUUCCUGGACAUCCUUAGUGACCCCAUCCCAGAAAAGCACAAAACGGAAUCGGAGGACCUGAGUCGCUGGCGGUCAAGUAAAACCAACCGAGGGCCUCUGAAGGAGGGCUGGAGAGACCACCACAACCCCAUCAUGUGCUCCUAUAAGAGAGUGCAGUGCAGCUUCGAGGUCUUCGGCUUCCAGACAAAAGUGGAGGCGCUCGCACACGAAAAGAUCAAAGAAAUUCUUCUGGUCGCCCACAGGCAGGCGGUGGCAUGGCUUGAUGAGUGGCACGGGCUAAGCUUGGAGGAGGUGAGAGACUAUGAGGAAAAAAUGCAAGAGAAGACCAAUAGCAAAGUCAAAUCCACCCAGAUUGACGCAGGCUCUCAGGUUCCCUCCCGUCCUGCAAUCUCUCGCUCCGUUUCUGUGACAGACGAGCGUACCCUGAAGAAGAUGGGAGUGACGACUGUGGACAUGACUGACACGCCAACCCUCACGGUGCCGCGCAGCCCCAUUCGCCUCAACUCAACUCCUGAGUGACACUACAGACACGACUCACAACACAAAGCCCGAACUGGGCUUACGUGAGGGUUAUUUUUCCUCAAGCAUGAACGCACAAAACCGCAAUAUGAUUCCAAAUGGACCAUAUUUGACAUUUUGAGGGAAUGAAAAAAAUGAGGUGAUCAGUGCCACUCUGAGAAAAAAAACUACAAAUAAAAUGCUAAAACACAGCUCAGACAUCAGAAAUAAAACUAAAACCAGGUAAAAAUGAGCAGAAUGCCUUAUUUCCUUAAUCUAGUCCUGUAAAAACAUUUUAAAAAUAAGCAAUCUAUCUUGUAUAAGUCAUGGGGUACCUAUAAUUCAUUAAGUAAAGUGUUUAGCUGCUGAUUUUGCAUGAACUGAAUGCUAAUUUUUACCUAUUUUUGUUAGGACAGAAUCAAACUAGCCAACGUUUAUCUGUCUUUGUGUGAAGCUAAUCUAACCUGCCGCAGGCUACAGCUUCCACUGUACAAAUAAAGAAAAAAACGAGUGGUAUCGAUCUCUUCAUUUACUUCACAGCAAGAGAGCACCAAAACGUUGAUCCGCUCCUUUAUUAACGUCACAAACGGUUUUACUAUCUCCUGAUCAUUUUCCUUCACUAAUUUUUACGAACAAACACAUUUUCCCUUAUAUGUGACAAGAAAAAAAUCUGUCCUCAGCAACCUCAGCUUUAUUUCUGAGCAUCGCCCACCUCCUCACCAAAGUUGAGCGUACUAUGCCACUAACCGCGGUACACAACUGUUUCGAAGCCCCCCAACCCGCAGCCAACAGACAGAUGCAUAAGGAGUUUAAUAGAGUUGAUCUAAUGAGAACACGAGGGAAGGGAGGAGGCUGUCGAUGCAGAGGAUCAGCUCCUCUCCCCAUCGCAGCCAAAAGGUCAGAGCAGGUGCAUUGACAGAAAGCAGCGAGGCGUGGUAUUGGCUCCUUGAUGGCUGAGCUGAGAGCUCUGAAUGGGUCAAGCUAAGGCUAAACUUAAAUUAUGUGUCAAUAAUGCAACUAUUUAUAAUACUAUUAGCUUUAUUUUUUUAUUAGAACGGGUUCUCAGGGGUCAUUUAUGGCAGUGAUGAAAAGACACUUUUGUUAGCAUGCCUUAUUUGUUAUCAGUCUGAUGUUUUUUAAUAUGAUGAAAAUGUACAAACACAGAGAUCUGUAUAAUCUUUUAUGGUGGAUUUGUAUCAAUACAUUUUCCCAAAGAAAUUAAA